AUGGAAAAAAUUGAAAAGCAGUAUAACCUUAUCAACGAUGUCAAAUGUUCUUAUUUUCAUAGUUGGUUUUCCUAUGCUCCUUUAACUUCUAUUGGUUCAAAUAUUAAAUCAUCACCGACUUUAUUAGAAAAAGAAAACGCACAUCAAAAACAUUUUAUAGAUCAAUUUAAUUCAAUUUAUUCUAGUUUAACAACAUCUGAAAACUCGAAAUAUUCAACUCACAAUACUUGUACUACACCUUAUUUAGAUGGUUUAAAACCUGAUGUUUCUGUGACUGAACGUGAUUAUAAACCUACUUCUUCAAACGUAAUUAUUAUUGGAGAACUUAAACGAGUUAAAUUAUCUAAAGCGCAUUAUGAACAAGUAUUUAAUUAUGGAAUUAAAAUUCUUGGAAGUCAACUUUUAAGAAAAACAGUUUUUGCUUUUUUAACAAAUCAUCAGCAAAUUAUAUUUUUUAAAAUUCAAAGAAAAGAUUCUACAUUUUCUUGCGAACAUUCUUUAACUUUUAAUUUUAACUAUGAGAAUAUCGGAUGGCGAAUGUUGAUGACUUUGGUUCAAAAAGAUAAAAACGAACUUGGAUAUAUUUCA